CCUUUGUUAAAGCGUUAGCAGGAAGUUCUUACUAAAAAUACCCCCGACGUCAGGCUAAAGAAAGAACCCGACCCAGCCGGACAGAUUUUGGGAUUUCAUGAGGACGCCAAGGUGCCUUCGGAAACAUGUCGGGACAGAGGGCAAGAGACCUGUGUUCAGCGAAUAAAUGCCCGCUGCUGCUUUUAUCUCUGCUCGUUGUUUAUAUCAGCUCCAUCAACUCAGUUUCCGCAGGCGAGCUGAAGACAGAGACUUACAACAAAUACUACAAUUACGACGAACUUACCGAGCUUCUCAAAAGUCUCGCCGUUAAACACCCCAGCAUCGCCAAUCUGACCAGCAUCGGCAGGUCCGUUGAAGGCAGAGAGCUGUGGGUGAUGAGAGUCACCAAAGACAUCAGUGCUGCUGAUGGAACAGGAAAACCCAAAUUCAAGUAUGUGGGCAACAUGCACGGAGACGAGACCGUGUCCCGACAGGUGUUGGUUUACCUGCUGGAGGACCUACUGGAGAAGUACGGGGAGGAUCAGCGGGUCACGGAGCUCGUCAACACCACCGAUAUUUACAUCCUGCCGAGUAUGAAUCCUGACGGCUUUGAAAGGUCCGUGGAGGGGGAUUGUUUGGGCAAAGAUGAGGGUCGGCAUAAUGCUAAAAACAUCGACCUGAAUAGAAGUUUCCCAGAUCAGUUUGAGGAAAUACACUUGAAUGCAGAAGACAUCCCUGAAGUUACUGCUGUCAUAAAGUGGAUCCUGGAGAACAAAUUUGUUCUCUCUGGUAAUCUGCACGGCGGGACGGUAGUGGCCAGUUAUCCCUAUGAUGACUCUGCAGGUCAUUCUACUGAUGGCACCUAUAGCAGAUCUCCCGAUGAUGCCCUCUUCAGGCACUUGGCCCUUGUUUACGCAGAGAAUAACCCGGUUAUGAAAACCGGGCAGCCAAAGUGUGAGGACAACGUGAACGAAUCCUUCCCGGAUGGCAUCACAAAUGGAGCAAAGUGGUAUGACGUACCAGGGGGUAUGCAGGAUUUCAAUUACCUGAAGGGGAACUGUUUGGAAAUCACCAUGGAACUCAGCUGCUGCAAAUACCCACCCUCAUCCCAACUCAAGACCGAAUGGGAAAACAAUCGUGACGCCCUACUGGCCUACAUGGAGCAGAUUCAUAUUGGAGUGCGUGGCUUUGUAAGGGCCGCCAAAAAUGAAGCUCCUAUCGCUGAUGCUGUGAUUAUGGUUGCGGACAUUAAACACAAUGUGAGCACCUCACGUUUUGGAGACUACUAUCGUCUGUUGCUGCCUGGCACCUACAGCAUCACCGCGGUAGCACCGGGCUACAUCCCUAUGACUGUAGCUGGGGUGGAGGUAAAAGAGGGAAAAGCAACUGUGCUGAAUAUCACCCUGUUGUCGGAGAAUGACGAGAGAUCCACAGCCACCCCAAACCCAGAAUCCUCCACUGACACCUCUGCCAGCAGCUCUAACAGUGGCAGCACAGACAACAACAGCAACUCUGGUGCCAGCGACAAAGCAGCAGAUCUCACAAUACAGCCUCAGGAGUUCCGGCAUCACCGGUACAUUGACAUGGAGCUGUUCAUGAAGAAAUUCAGCUCUGAGUACAGCUCCAUCACACGCCUCUAUUCCAUUGGGAAGUCUGUGCAGAAACGUCUCUUGUGGGUCAUGGAGAUCUCCAACAAUCCUGGUGUCCACGAGUUAGGUGAACCGGAGUUUAAGUAUAUCGGUAACAUGCAUGGCAAUGAAGUGGUUGGUCGUGAAUUGCUCCUCAACCUCAUUGAGUACCUGUGUCGCAACUAUGGCACUGACCCUGAGGUCACCCAGCUUGUCGACACCACACGGAUCCACAUCAUGCCUUCAAUGAACCCGGAUGGUUAUGAAGUGUCCCAAAAGGGAGAUGUCGAAGGCAUAAAGGGCCGUAACAACAGUAAGAACUACGACCUGAACCGUAACUUUCCUGACCGGUUCAAACUGAUCACCGAUCCCAUCCAGCCAGAGACCCUGGCUGUGAUGAACUGGUCAAAGAACUACUCAUUUGUGUUGUCUGCCAACCUUCAUGGAGGCUCUCUGGUGGUGAAUUAUCCAUUUGACGAUAAUCUUGAGGACGUUAUCGGAUACAGCAAGUCCCCAGAUGAUGCUGUAUUCAGGAUGGUGGCUCUCGCUUACUCUCAGGAAAACUCUGAAAUGCAUGAAGGUCACCCCUGUAAGGAAAUGAGUUCAUACCCGGAAUAUUUUCAAGAUGGCAUCACCAAUGGCGCAGCAUGGUACAAUGUCCACGGAGGAAUGCAGGACUGGAACUACAUGAACACAAACUGCUUUGAGGUGACUAUUGAACUGGGCUGUCACAAAUAUCCGCCAGUUGCGGAUCUGCAGAAAUACUGGGAACAAAACCGCAAAUCACUUCUGCAGUUCAUCCAUCAGGUCCACCGUGGAGUAAAAGGAAUGGUAAUCGACAGCAAAGAUGGAUCUGGCAUUCCCAAUGCUACCAUCACUGUGGAAACCAUCCAUCAUCAAGUCACAUCCAGUUCUUUAGGGGACUACUGGCGCUUACUCGUUCCAGGAAAAUACAAGCUGACUGCCUCUGCCCAAGGCUACAUGUCAGAUAGUUCUUCUGUCACCGUGCCUAAGGACGGAUUGGAGAUUGUUAAUUUCACACUGACCCGGAUUCCCACACAUGCAAACGGACAGGAGACAGAAAACACAACCCCAGUUUUGGACCCCAGUGUAAGGGAGUUUCAGGCCCUCAUCAAGCAGCUGUCAACCCAAUCCGGUUUGGACAAACUGAUCCAGGACACUCCUACCGAGAGUAGCUUCCGGUACCAGCAGUACGGCGAGGUUUCCGAGUUCCUGCGUGGACUGACACUUAACUUUCCAGAGAUUACUUCUCUCCGCAGUCUUGGUCAGAGUGUGGAGAUCAGGAAUAUCUGGGCUCUGGAGAUCUCCAACAAUCCUAAAGUCCAAGAACCGUCAAAGCCCAAGAUCCGAUUUGUAGCAGGAAUCCAUGGAAACGCACCAGUGGGCACAGAGCUGCUUCUGGAGUUUGCUGAAAGUCUCUGUGUAAACUACGGCAAGAAUGCAGCCAUCAACAGGCUCAUAAAUGAGACAAGAAUUGUUAUCCUGCCAAGCAUCAACCCAGAUGGACGUGAGCUGGCGAAGGAAAGAGACUGCACCUCCACUGUUGGCAUGACCAAUGUGCAUGGCAAAGACCUUGACACUGACUUCAUUGUAGGUAAUGCAUCUCAGCGAGUUUCAGAACCUCAGCCAGAGACACGCGCUGUGAUGAAUCUGAUUCAGGAAAGAGGCUUCACUCUCUCUGUGGCUCUGGAUGGAGGCUCAUUGUUGGUCACUUAUCCAUAUGACAAACCAGUGCAAACCGUUGAAAAUGAUGACACACUGAGAUAUCUGGCCACUGUGUAUGCUGAUCACCAUCCCACAAUGCACUUGGGUAACACUGGAUGUCCAAACAGCGUCCAAAGUAACAUCCCUGGUGGCGUCCUUCGAGCAGCAGUGUGGCACAGUCACAUGGGCAGCAUGAAGGACUUCAGUGUGGACUUUGGUCACUGUCCCGAGAUCACAGUCUACACCAGCUGCUGUCUGUUUCCUUCAGCUGAAAUGCUGCCCUCGCUCUGGGCUGAGAACAGGAAGUCUCUUCUGAGCAUGCUGGUUGAGGUGCACAAAGGGGUUCGUGGAAUAGUCAAGGAUAAGAACGGUAAGCCCAUCGUGGGUGCUGCAAUUGUGUUGAACGGUGGUGUUCGAGUCUACACUAGUGAAGGAGGGUAUUUCCAUGCUCUUCUGGCUCCUGGUUUACACAGCAUUGAAGCGGUGGCUGAUGGAUACCAACAGCAAUCACAGAAGGUGUCUGUGUCGCAAUUUGAAGCAGCAAGUUCCAUUAUCAUUGAGUUUGACAUGGAGAACGAUAUAUUUGGCCUUCCCAGAGAAUUAGUAGUGGCGAGUGCAGCUGCCGCAAUGACGGCACUAGUCUUGACCGCCUGUAUCAUCUGGUGCGUCUGCUCGGCCAAAUCCAACAGACAUAAAGAUGGCUUCCAUCGACUACGGCAGCAUCGAGAUGAUUAUGACGACGAGGUCCGCCUCAUGUCUAUGGGCUCCAAAAAGUCUCUCCUCAGUCAUGAGUUUCAAGAUGAGAGCGAAAGUGAUGAGGAUACACUGUACACCAACAAACUCUGAGUCAGCCCACUGCAAGGCCAGCAGAGGGCGUUCAAUGUCCAAAACCGUCGGUAAACCACCACAGGAUGCACUUUAAUGGCCUGGUGAAUUCGGGCAAGCUUUUUUUCACCGUAGUGUAUGCAAAUAACCACUGCUCUCUCAACCAGCCUGCUUCGUUAUCUGGGUCUCCGUAAUUCUGGUCCUCUACCCUUUAAAAAGGAAAGCGAAGAGCUAGAGUCCAUCUCAACAGGAUUAUGAAACACUGUGCCUUGUUAGAUUAGAGGAUGCAUGGUCGCUGCUGUGGUGAGGAUGACGAUUUUCUAGUGUAAAUGGAAUUUUCCGCCCAUUUUCUUUUUUUUUAUCCUUCUGUGGACCCGGAUGGGUCAGGAAUCCAUCCAUAUGAGAGUCUGGUCAGAUCAUCUGGAUCAUUAUGAGUUGUCUUUGCUGUUCUUUUUAUGUGCAGCCAACAGAAUGGCUAAUAUUUCACAUUAUGGGGACUAAUUAAGGCAUUUCAUAAGUGAUAUUAAAGAGAUAGCUCAUCCAAAAAAAAAUGCUGUUAAUCUACUCGCCUUUAGACAAGAUAAGGUAUAUGUGACUAUCUUCAGUAAAACCUGUGGAGAAAAAAAACUGUUGCUCUUGGUGAUUUAGAAAAAGUUAACCAAUGCAAUUGGCUAUAGUCAAUACAACUUUAAGUCAGAAAAACUUAAACAGGCAAGAACAACAAGCUUCUGGCCAUACGUUUGAGGCCUCAUGAAGCAAAACAAUAGGUCUGUAAACUGAAUAUUAUUCAUUUUUAUUUAUAAACAAAUGUUACAGGAAACGUGUUGCAUAUUUAAACAUAUAUGACGAGAAACUUGCGCUACCCUGGCUCACGCUGCUCCACACUGCCCUGAACACACUCACAACUGUUUUCUGUAGCUGUGGAUUAAAGUUAAUAAUAAUUCUGUGCCUUGACAACUGAAAACAUCAUAAAUAUCCACAGGGAUUCAUUUUGUCUUGCCUGUUUUGACUCUCAAAAUGCCAGCAGCCACUUUUUAUGAAUCACCAAGGUCUAAAAAUUGUCCUUAAUGUAGAAGAAAGCUACCAACAUAUUUGAUGGUAAAUUACCAGCAAAUAUUCAAGGUUUUUGGGAAAUCCACCAAUGGGGGAUAGUUCACACAAACAUAAAUAUGCUGUCAUCAUUUACAUUUACUUUCAUCUUCCACUUGUUUCAAACCUGUUGAACACAAAGGGAGAGAUUUUGAAGAAUGUUUUAAAAACACUAACUUCCACAGUAUUUUUUAUGGAUGUCAUUGGCUGCCCAAUACCCCCCCCCCCCCCCCCCCCCCCCCUCUCCACCACCACCACCACCAUUCCUUUAAAGCAAGUAAAUGGGCUCAAUAUAUAAACUCUUUAUUUUCAGCAGAAUUUUUUUUUUCACUUUAAACUACAAAUGCUGGCCUUAACCCAUCUCGUUGACUUCUAUAGUAUAUUUUAUAGAUGUCAGAUAUUAUAUAGAUGGCUUUUUUCCUCUUCCAUUAUUAAAAAUACUUUAAUUUUGUGUUUAACAGAAGAAAGAAUUUAAUAAAAGUUUAGAACCACUUCAAUCUGAGAAAAUAUUAAGGGAAUUUUCACUUUUUGGGGUGAAUAAGCUCAACAGAGUGCAAAUUCCAAAUAUAAACUCAGUAUUUUCAGCAGAACUGUUUUAAAAUUUACUUUUAAACUACUAAUGCUGGCCUUAAUCCAUCUCUGUGGAUUAUAUCUCAACAUAAUUGAGCCCCAUUCACUUGUGGAGGAAAAUGCUGAAAUAUUUUCAUUUUCAAAACCUCAAUUUCUCUUCAGCUAAAAAAAGCAAGCCAUUUGCAUGUUCGACAGCUCAGGAUUGAGUAUUAAAUCAAGACGUUUACAUUUUUUUUUUUGGAUGAACUAUUCCUUUAAACAUCUCAGACUGCCAGAAAUAUAUUGUCCAAGUUGUUUUCAGACAAAUGUAGAUAUUUACAUUAAGCAGUCUCCCAUUAUUCAUAAUAAGAGUGACAUGUUAGAUACAUAGCAGACAAUUAUGCUCAAUUACUGCCUUCUCAAUUCUCUGUAAUUUGGACAAUCAGGGAUACGGUAAAACCUUAACAUAACCUUAAAACUAUGGAUAUGAUCAUGUUUAGUCAGUGUUUUUGGGUUGUUUUGUCUUAUUGUGCACUCUUUACAUUGUUGUCCCAGUUUACUUUUUAAACAUAUUUAUUUUAGUUUUAUCCAUCCAAUGAAAGACUCCUCUCAGGCAUCCCUGAAAGAUCCAGAAGACCGAUUUAUUGAAAUGUCAUCACUUAGUUUAGUGUUUCUCAACCACGUUCCUGGAGGACCACCAACACUGCAUGUUUUGGAUGUCUCCUUAGUCUGUUACACCCAUUACUGGUCUUUGAGAAACACUUAAAAACUGGUUGAGAAACACUUAUUUAUUUGACACAUUUAAAUAUUAUUUGCAGUUCAGGGCAUCCAGUGUAUAUUUAGAUCUCAGUGACCAAGGGAAAUCCUGUAAGUCUUUUACAAACUCAUCAAAUAUCUUGCUUUAGACGCUUCAUAUAUGUAUGUACAAUAUUGUUUUUUUUUUUUUUAAUCAAUCGCUCACUGUUCUGCCAUCUAAAAACAAAAGCAAGUAUAUGGAUGGAGUUAUGAAGAGUGGUGAGACUUUGAUCAUGAUCAUGCUUUUAAAACGGUGAAGCAAGAAUCGUCCUGUUAAACCUUAAUAAACAAUUAAGACUCUUAUUUAUAAUGCAUAUCAUUCUGUGCCAGACUGAUCAUUCAUACAAGUCAAAUGUUGAUAUCUGGGAGAACGAUGUUCGUAUGAUUUAAGUAUUUGUUGAUCCCAUUGCCGACAAUAUCUGAAAUGAAUUUGGCUUGAUGUUGAUUGUCAUGCUUGAAUGUAAAUUUCUGGGUGUUUGAACAAAUACGUUGAACUUUUUUAUGUUUGUGCUGAUGUUUAUUUUCUUCUUUUUUAUAUACAACAAUGAUUGUAGAUAUUGAAUUGUUGCCAACUAUAUGUACAUUACACAAGUGCAAUUCCUGUCAAGAGUGAAAGAACUGCACAAAUAAACCUGUUUAUGUGUAUUAAAGAAACGAAUGGUGUGUGUGAAAUGAGAUGUUAAUAAAGAUCAGACUUUGUUCUGGA